AUUUUAUCUAAUCUAGCUUUUCUCUUCAAAUUCAAAAUGUCGCGCCAUAUGAUCAUCAAAUGUCGAUCAUAUGAUUGCGCCAGAAUUUUGGCGCAAUGCAACCAACGUCAUGUUGAAUAAAGUGAGGUUAAAUUACUGAAACCAAACUAUUGCUUGCAUUUGAAUUUUGAGUGAUUAUGGAAGCAUUGAAUGAACAUUUGGAGGCUUUGGCUGGCCAUAUUUUUGAUAACGAUAAGCUGGUCACUUACAAAUGGUUAAGCAAUGAAUUGCAUGUUCACGUUAAUGUUGCAAAACAAAUCUUAUGGGAGUUCUACCAAAAAUAUAAAAACGACAACAUUGAAUGCACGUAUUUAUUAAUUGGACUACUGAAGAAUAAUGAAAUGCGUGUGGAAGUAGUAAAAGAAUCCGCUUUAUCUAAAGCUAAAGAGAAGUUUGAUAAAAUUAUUUCAGAGCACCUUUAUAGUGUCCACAAACCUCUCGUGGAUCUGGAAUUACUCGCCACUUCUGGUUCUGGAAAUGUAAAUUAUAGCGCAAUAAAGUGUGAUGCCUGCAAAGAGAGAAGUGAUGAAGAAAUGCAACUAUUACGUUGGGGUACAGCUGCAAAGAAGAUUACAAUAGAAAAUAAAAUGAACUCAAAGCCUGUAAAUUCUAUAAAUUCAUCAAAGACAGAACAAAAUUCAGUAACAACAAAGAAAAGUGGUUUUAAUAAUUUGUUUGGUACAACUGGGAAACAAAAGAGUCCUGAAAAAUUAAAAUCCUUUCAGGAACAAGAUAAAUGCUUAACAAAAAAAGGUAACAAUUUUAUGAAGGAUUUAACAGAGAAAGAUGAAACUUUAAAGGAAGAAGAUGAAAAAUUAACAGAAAAGGAAAAAGGUUCUGUGAAAAAGGAUAAAGGUUCUUCUAAAAAUAAAGGUUCAGUAGAAAAGAAUAAAGGUUCUGUUAAUUCCACCACUAAAAAAGUGUCUCCAAAAAACAAUUCUGUACAAAAAGGAAGCUUAGAUAAUUUUUUCGGAAAGCAUGCAUCCUCUUCAAAGCCUAUAGAAAUUAUAUCAGCAGAAAAGAAAAAUGAUAAUGACAAGAAGGAAGAAAUUAUAUCAGCAGAAAAGAAAAAUGAUAAUGACAAGAAGGAAGAAAUUAUAUCAGCAGAAAAGAAAAAUGAUAAUAACAAGAAGAAAGUUGCGGAAAAAAGAAAACCUAAAGAGAAGGAGAAUUUGCGAGGAAAAAAACGCAACAGAAGCAAAGAAACAGACGAAACUGCCAAGAAACGGAAGAGAAUAGUUGUCCAGAGUGAUUCCAGUGAUUCAGAGAGGCAGAGUGACAUAGAGAUGGAAGAAUCAGUUCCUGAAUCCCCAGAGCCUGAAGCUGUUGUAAGACCAAAAAGUCCCUCUCCACCGAAAAUAAAACGUGAAAAUGGCAAAAGAAAAGUAUUGAAGUUAGUCAAUAAAACUUAUAAGGAAGGCGAUUAUAUUGUAACAAAGAAAGAACAUAUUUAUGUAAGCUGUUCUGAGGACGAAGAGGAGACAAAAGGAGAGGAGAAAAGGAGGGAGGCAAAGAAAGUAGAAACAAAGGUGGAGAAAGUGAAGAAAAAGCAAUCUACACUCACAGAUUUUUUUAAGAAAUCUUAAAUUUGUCUUGAUUUUGAAAGUCCAAUUAAUUCAUAAAUAUUGGUUCAUUUUAUCAAUAUUUAUGGUAUAUUAUUUAUUAAGAUUUAACUAAUAAAAUAUAAUUAAACAAUGGUAUUAUAUACAACAAUUAGAAACAAUAAGUGAUAUACAAUAUUAAUAUUG